GCAAAUGAGGAGAGAGAGCAUGGAGAAGCAGAGGAGGAGGAAGUAGAUUUCCACACACUGAAAAUACAUCUUCAAUACAAGAUGAAGAUGUAUAUGACUUUCCUCUGCUUGAGCUGUGGAUGGAUGCAAACAACUUGUGCUGUUAGUGUGACUCUGUCACCAUCCUCUGCACCAGUGACACCCACUGAAGAUGAGAGCUCCAAACUUGUGGAUUGGUUGAUGAAGUAUGGUUACCUCCCACCCUCAGACCCUUCCACUGGUCAGCUGCAGGCUUGGACAGGUGUCACCAAUGCUGUGAGGGCCAUGCAAAGGUUUGCAGGCCUAAAAGACAGCGGAGUUGUAGAUGAGGAGACAAUGGCGGUGAUGAACACUCCACGCUGCUCACUACCAGACCAGGAGGAAUCAUCCAUACUAUCAGCCAACCAAGAGAAAAGAAAUAUGAGGAGACGGAGAAGCUGGGCUGUCUCCAUGUGGACACGCAGGAACAUUAACUGGAGGUUGCAAUCAUAUCCCUCCUCCUCGCAUCUGUCUCGGGAAACAAUUCGCUCACUUAUCUUCUACGCUUUAAGAGUGUGGGCCGAGCCAACACCACUGGAGUUCCAUGAGGUGGGCAGUCCGGAUGCAGCUGACCUGCAGGUAGACUUCUUCCAUGGUUACCAUGGUGAUGACUAUCCCUUUGAUGGGGCAGGUGGAGCAGUAGGCCAUGCUUUCUUCCCCUCAGACCCAGCCCGGGCAGGACUAGUUCAUUUGGAUGCGGAGGAAGAGUGGGCAUUCAGACAGCCAGUCUCUGAGGGUACCGACCUCUUCACAGUGCUGGUCCACGAGUUUGGCCACGCACUGGGCCUUCCUCAUUCCUCGUCCCGUCACUCAGUCAUGAGGCCAUACUACCUGGGUCCUGUCGGAGACCCUCUCCACUACCGCCUGGGACCCCAAGACCUGGACCACAUCACUCAGCUCUAUGGUGAAGCUUCUCAUAGCCAUACAGGUCAAAUGAACAAGCUGCUGUCUACAGAGGCUCCUCGGACCACCACCGAGUUGCACUACAGAGGCCAUCAUCAUCAUCGUCGUCAGCAUCAUCAUAGGCACGGCCCCUCCAUAGAUCGCUGCAACACCAGUUUUGAUGCUGUGGCAAAGAUUCGAGGAGAGACUUUCUUCUUCAAAGGUCAGAUGAUGUGGAGGGUCAAUGGCGGAGGUUUGGUGUCACGUCAUGGGUCUUCAGUGAGGAGGUUGUGGAGGGGUCUACCCCCUGACCUGCUUCGUCUUCAAGCUGUGCUGGAGAGGCGCUUGGAUCAUGCUAUCAUCUUUAUCAGUGGUCACCAGUUCUGGCUCUUCAAGGACCUGUCUCUGCAGGAAGGUUACCCUCAGCCCCUGUCUGCUCUCAGGACGGGUGUCAGCUUAGAUUUAGUAGACACUGAUAACGAUGAUGAUGACGAGCAGGCAGCAGGAGGAUUAGAGAGAUGGGGCCUGGUCUGGGACCCGGAGGAGGGGGCUGUGUGGGGAAAAAUUGGAGAUGCCAAACAAGAGAAUGAGGGAGACACCUGGACACAACUACUUAAAGAGGGUGUGAAUGGAAUCACUACAGACGCUAAUGGCUCUGUCUAUCUCUUUAAAGGAGAGUCCUACUGGAAGUUUAUGUUUCCAGGUUCAUCACUGCAUGAUGGAUACCCACGCUCCUCUGCUGCAGACUGGCUGGGCUGCACUGACUCAUCCUCACCCGGGAUGCAGGACCUCUCCUUUUCACUGUCAUCACCUGGAGGAAGAGAGGAGAGAGAGAGUUGGAGAUAUCGGGGAGAGGAGGAGGAAGUGAUAAAAAGAAAGCGGGACAGAGACAGAACUAAACACAAAGAGGUGCUGGACAGAGGUUCACACAUCUGGACAAAAUGCACGUGCCGAAAUGGAGCCCUGGGUGGCAGGACGACAUUUUUGAUAGCUGCCUUGCUGCAGGUUACAUGGGCAAUGUUAGUUGUUUAAAGGUGCACAAUGAAAGAAAAACCGAGGUUUUACUGGACUAAAUAGAGUGUGUGUACAACUUUUCCACGUGCACUCACAUCCUCGCCCUGUACUGAGUGUGCUGCUCGGGUCGGGAAGUAGCGGUGCUAAUUACCAGCGCUAUUUUAUUACGAGGCAUAUUUAUUUACCUGUCCACCAGUCAUACUGGUCAUAUUGUGAGUUAUGACCAGAAACUGGUUCCAUCUGUGAAGGACUGAAGUUGCCAAAAUCAAAUAACGAUAAUAACAACAAUAAAAAUAAUAAAUCGCGCAGACACUAACUGACUGAUAAUUUGACAUGUUUGUAUUUACAGAUAUCAGUGUUUUAAAUGUAUGUGUGGAUCUCUGUAUUACCUUUCUUUUACAUUCCUACUUUACAGCAAUAGUAAUCUAUCCCAGGCAUCACAGACACUCACCACACAUGAAGUGGUUAGGGGAAAUUAAAAUUAAAAGGGAGAUCAUUUUUAUUAUCAUUUUUUAUAUAUUUUAUAACAUUUUCAUUUCAAUUUGACCAGUUUCACCUGCAUAGUUCAUCCCAAAUCCACCUUAGUUUCUCUUUAUACAGACAAAAAGUGGAGUAGUGGUUUUAUUCUGAAUAUCUGAUUGAGUCAUUUCAACUUCCUGGUUAGUCGGUCUUAUUGCCGUCCCAUAGGUGGCAGUGUGCAAGCACACGCUGUUUGAAAAUAAAGAUUUAAA